AUGCCCUGGCAGCCGCUGCCUCUGUCGUAUGCGGUUGCCAUCUACCCGUUCCAGCCCUCGGCGUCACCGUCAGAACUGCCUCUUCAGAUUGGUGACCAGUUAUAUGUCAUCGAACAAGGCGGCAAAAAUGGCGCCUGGUGUCGAGGCUACCUUGUGGCACCGCCCACCAUGUUAUCUGCAUUGACACCCAAUGGCAGGACCGCCGGCGAUGCCCGCGUCUUCUCUGGCAUAUUCCCAAGAUGCUGCAUAGAUGUUCGAGAACAGCUGGGCCCUGAUGUCGAGACCCUGGUUCAGCCAGGCCAACCCAAGCCAUCUGCUCCGGUACCAAUGUUGAAGAUUGGCGAUGAGUCCCCGACCUCAACGAGUGAGCCAUUAGUGGACGAAAUCACUUCCUGUCUACGAGAAUGGUACAUUCUUCACCUCCCGGACCUGGUUCUACGGCGACGAUACCAUCUUCUCAACCAUAUGUCAGAGACCACCACACGGCUUGACUACGCCAGACGAGAAUUGCUCAACGACGUCCUAACCACCCAAGAGAGGAUCCAGGUCCGCCAUGAUGCCGUAUGGGACCUGGUUCGAGGGAAUAAGAUGCUUAGCGGCGAGGUCAUUGUCCGCGAUCCCGCUCGCCAGGGCAGAUUGAUGACUUCGCAGGACUCGGCCAUAGAGCUAGCGAAGUUGCAGUCGGUCAUGAGCGUGCUGAAUGCCUCGCCCGUGGAAAAGCCCAAAGCAACCUCACUUCAUCAUUGUCUGCUCGAGGUUAGGUCAGUUGCCGGCUCCGGAACGGACGCGACAUCAAUAAAUAUCGCAUUGUAUCAAAGGGACAUUGAUGGGAAUCUCAAACCGUUCUCGGAAACAUAUAGUGCUACUGCCAACGCCAACAUGAAGACCCUCUUCUCAGAUUUGAGCAAUCAUGAUAUUGGCACGAAUGGUCGCUUGUAUUUGGUCGUCAAGGUUGUGGUUUCUGAGCCUCCUAGGAAGCCCAAAAGAAGCGUUUCCACUAGGCCACCGUCACGGAAUGGGACUCUACUCGGUCAACGGCAACUGUCUCUGAACAAGCGAAGGUCGAGUUUAAUGUUCGGAAAGAAAAGGAAUGCCGAAAGACCCCAGCCGGCUCAAAACGGACGAACAACACCCCAGUCGCAAGACAGAUCAUCGACCCCAUCAAUCAUCGAAGAAGAGGAAGAUGGUCAGAGCAAGCCAGCAGGUCCACCCGUUCCUCGAACUGUCGGGGUUGGCGUUCUAGACACCGCGAGUAUUAUGAGAGAGCGCCAGCCGCGCGAAGAGAGUGUUACAAUCUGGUCCCUGUCACAGCGCGAUGACGAGAAGGGUGCCGAGUCUCACCCGGUAGAGUCCCAGCUCCUGGACAGUGCCGGCAAAGGUCUAAUUGUGUCGGGCCAAAUCUCUACCGUGAAUGUGACCGUGACACCUUACACCGCUCCAGAUGCGGACACCCUGAUCAAGAACACUCCGACCUCAAUGCACAUGGUCACCAAGACCCAAAAGAUUGGAUUCUCCGAAGCACCGACCAAGCCUCGUACGGACAUUUACCUGACUUUGAGCAGGGCUGUGCUUGCCCCCGGCUCAUUUCUGUCCCAUCCCGAAGUGAACGUGGCGCCGAUCAAAGCGCAUUCGCCUCAGAAUCUCCAACUUACCAUGGAGGUUCGUGAUAAUGCUGGACGACGUGUCGAGCAUUGCAUCUUCCCAUCCUCGAAUGGCGCGGGAGUAACAGCCUUCCGGACAAAUGCUGUGGAGCUGGACCACAGAUGGGAUCAGACACUUUGCCUGCGAGUACCUACCGAAAAAGUGCCCGAAAGUCACCUGGUCCUGAGCAUCGCGGAUGCACCUGAGUUCCCAUUUGCGUUGGCUUGGCUGCCGUUAUGGGACAAGCAAGCCUUCGUCAGUGACGGCAAACAUUCACUUAUUCUCCACGCGUACGACAAGAUUACAUCCAGCAUUGUUCAAGGGCGUGGCGCCUACUUGUCCCUACCCUGGAACAACGCCAGUUAUAAGACUAUUCAUGAGGGAGCCUUGGCCACGAUCGCAUCGCUGGAAGUUUUCACUCACCUUUGCAGCACGGAAUAUUCCCAGCAUCGCAACCUGGUCAGCCUCACUAACUGGAAGCACCAGACAUCGGUUCAGCUGUUGGAUAUACUCCAGAAGCUGACUUUUGUUCCAGAAAUCGAGAUUGUCAAGCAGCUCAAGGAGGUAUUAGAUGCUUUGUUCGGCGUCCUGGUGCACAAAUCAGGCGAGUCAAAGUUCGAAGACUUGAUCUUUAACGACAUUGUGUGGGUGCUUGGAAUUGUCCAUGACAGAAGAUUCAAUUUGGGCCCUCUGAUUGAACAGUAUACCGAGAACCAUUUCCGCUUCCCAUACGCCGCAUCUUGUCUCAUCCGCAGCUUUACGCGGCUGUUACAGAGUGUAUCAGAUCCUCAGAGUGCUCGCGACAUGAGAGCGCUUUUUAAAGUUGGCAAGAAUUUUAUGAGAAUCCUCAUCAUCUCCUACCAGCAGCGACGUUUCGGUUCCCAGCAGAGAGAUGGCGACGAGAAGCACUCCAAUUUCAAGGAAGACAUGCAAGCAAUCCUGUUUGGACUGCAGAUGAUGAUGCGAAGCGAGACACCGGCCCUUGUCGGCAGCAAGACCCUGCUUGUCCAGAAGUUCCAUGAUUGGCUUCCGGAACUGUUGCCAGCUUUUAGCAAGGAAGAGGUCCUAAAUGUCGCGGUUGACUUCAUGGACGCAUGCGAGGAAGCCACCGGGAAGCUCCUCUUGUACAGGAUCAUCCUAAUCUUGAACUACACCAAGCUAGACCAGAUCUGGGUCGACGAAAGAGAUCGGAGGUUAUUGGUUAAGAGCUGUCUAAGGUGGCUGACGCCGUUCUGGACCCCUAACGACGGAACGGAGGACUGGCGGGAACAGGUGCGACUAUGCUGCUCGGUUGUCGCCGAGCUCACGCGUUUUCCUACUCACCACCUCCACGAUUUCAUGCCGAGACUCAUCUCUGCGUACAAAGCCAUUGCAGAGCAAGGUACUGCCAGGCGGCGAUCACUAUCCCUCCUCUUCCCAGACUCCUACCCGUUCACGACGAAGCCAUCCGAAGCCAAUGAUCAGUUCGAUGAAACGCUGCUUGAGCUGUCGUCCCUCAUAUCUACUAUCGCAAAGAUCCGACCACCUUCAACCCUGAAACUUCAAGGACCAGAACUGUCGAACUACAUUACCUCGACGCUCGCCGUGUUACGAUCACUCCUGGGGAACGACGCCUUCCCCACAACAUGGCUCAGUUUGCACAUCUAUCACCACUCCUCGGCCCUCACGAUUUUGAACCAUCUCUCCACACUCCUUGUCUCAUCAUACCUUCCAAAGCCAGAAGACGCUGACAGCUUUGACAUGCAACUAUGGAAGUCCUUCCUCGAUACCCUCCUCCUUCUUGUCUCUUCACCAGCCCUCACGCUCGAACUCUUCCCGGAACAAAAACGCCGCGCUGUGUGGAAGAUUGCGGGCGACGUUCGUCAAUCUGGAGCGGACCUUCUCCGCCGAGCUUGGGAAAGUCUCGGCUGGGAAGCCACGGCGGACGACCAGCGGAGGUACAACAUCCGCAAGCUGGGCGGGUAUCAAGUGCAGUAUGUGCCCAGCCUCGUGGCCCCCACCAUCAGUCUCUGUCUGAGCAUGCACGAAAGCCUUCGAAAGGUGGCCGUCGAAGUGCUCCAGACCAUGAUCGUCAGCGAGUGGGCGCUCAGCGAGGACCUGGAGCUGAUCGAGACUGAAAUCAUCGGCGCCCUCAACUCGGUUCUCAAGGCCAAGCCGGCGACCGCGAACGAGGCGUUGAGCCGCAAAAUCUUCAUCACGGAGUUGCUCGAGCUGUUCUCCACGAUAGCGAAUCAGCCGGAUGAUGCCUUGUGGACGGCGCUCGAAGAAUUGGUGGGCACGGUCGAAGAACUCGUUGACCUGCUCACCAGCACUGAGUCCGACGACGACCAGAUUGCGAGGAAUCCGGCAGACACGACGAACCAUAAAGGCCAUGACAGUGGCAACCACCAGCGGACCGCCAGCAAGGAGUCUCAAAACUCCGAGGCGAAGGAACUCGCCCGUGCCAGGAGAAGCAUUGAUGGUCUGUCGCCCUCAUCUCAGCAGCAGAGGCAGCAGCAUGGUCGCGAGAGGGAGUAUGGAGUCCACGCACUGGAGUGCUACAAGCAGCUUGCCGAGGAGUACGAGAGGAGCGGCGACUACAAGAGGCUGGCAAAGACGCACAGGGCGAUUGCGCGAAUUCACGAGGCCCGAGCAGCGAGUCGACUUCGUGGGCGGGACGUCGUGAAUGGAUCUCGCCAAGUCGGGAGGGAUACAGACGGAGAAGACGAUGAAGGGUAG